CACGGCCGCGCCCGGAGUUGCCCGAAGGAGGGUUUGAAUAUGUCGCGCCAGCUGAGAACAUCAAGGUUUGACCCUCGUGCGGGAUUUCACGCGGAGGGCAAGGACAGCGGCCCCUCAGUUCCCCAGGGCCUCCUGAAGGCAGCGAGGAGCAGCGGGCAGCUCAACUUGGCGGGAAGGAACCUCGGGGAAGUCCCUCAGUGUGUUUGGAGAAUAAAUGUGGACAUCCCUGAGGAGGCCAAUCAGAAUCUUUCAUUCAGCUCUACUGAACGAUGGUGGGACCAGACAGAUCUGACCAAACUCAUCAUCUCCAGCAAUAAACUCCAGUCUCUCUCUGACGACCUCCGGCUCUUGCCUGCCCUCACUGUUCUUGAUAUACAUGAUAAUCAGCUGACAUCGCUCCCUUCAGCUAUCAGAGAGCUAGACAAUCUUCAGAAACUUAACGUCAGCCAUAACAAACUGAAAAUGCUUCCUGAAGAAAUUACAAGUUUAAAAAACCUGAAGGCGCUGCACCUCCAACACAAUGAGCUGACAUGCCUACCUGAAGGCUUUGAGCAACUUUCCAGCUUAGAAGAUUUAGAUCUUUCAAGCAAUCGUCUUGCAGCUGUGCCUGCUGGUUUUGCUUUGCUGUCCAGUCUGCUGAGGCUCAAUCUUUCCAGUAACCAGUUGAAAAGUUUGCCAGCAGAAAUAAGCAGAAUGAAAAGAUUGAAGCAUUUGGAUUGUGACUCCAAUCUCCUGGAGACUGUGCCCCCUGAUGUGGGCAGCAUGGAAUCACUGGAAUUGCUUUAUUUGCGGAGGAAUAAAUUACGUGUUCUACCUGAAUUUCCUUCUUCUAGGCAACUAAAGGAAUUGCAUCUCGGUGAAAACCAGAUUGAAAUGUUAGGCGCAGAGCAUCUUCAGCACCUGCAGGCCAUCCUGGUGCUGGACCUAAGGGGCAACAAGCUGCGGUCUGUGCCUGAGGAACUGUCCCUGCUGCAGUGUCUGGAAAGGCUUGACUUGAGCAACAACGACAUCAGUAGUCUGCCCUGCUCAUUAGGAAACCUUCAUUUGAAAUUCCUGGCACUAGAAGGAAAUCCUCUAAGAACCAUUCGAAGAGAAAUUAUAGCUAAAGGAACUCAAGAAGUCCUAAAAUACCUACGAAGCAAGAUCAAAGAUGAUAGUGGGACCAGUCAAAAUGAUUCUGUUCCUGCGACUGCCAUGACACUACCUAGUGAAUCCAGAGUCAAUGUCCAUGCCAUAGUCACACUAAAGCUGCUGGACUACAGUGAUAAACAAGCAACCUUGAUUCCUGAUGACGUAUUUGAUGCCACAAGAAGCAACACCAUCACUUCCAUCAACUUCAGUAAGAACCAGCUGUGUGAGAUCCCCAAAAGGAUUAUUGAGCUGAAGGAGAUGAUAUCAGAUGUCAACCUUAGUUUUAACAAGCUUUCCUUUAUAUCCCAGGAGUUAUGCUUGCUUCAGAAAUUGACAUUUUUAGAUUUAAGGAAUAAUUUUUUAAGUUCUUUGCCUGAAGAGAUGUCAUCACUGACAAAACUGCAAAUGAUCAAUCUUUCCUUUAACAGGUUCAAAGUGCUGCCUCCAGUUCUGUAUGACAUCCCCACAUUAGAAGCAGUUCUGAUCAGCAACAAUCAGGUUGGCUCUGUGGACCCUCACAAGAUGAAGCUGAUGGAAAACCUGAGCACUCUGGACCUUCAAAACAACGACCUCCUGCAGAUCCCACCAGAGCUCGGGAACUGUGUGCAGCUACGAACCCUACUGCUAGAUGGAAAUCCCUUCCGAGUCCCUCGAGCAGCCAUAUUGGUGAAAGGCACAGCUGCUGUGCUGGAGUAUUUGAGAGACCGAAUCCCUGCCUGAGUCCAGCGGGCAUCCCACCCUGCUGCUCCUUCUGGAUAGGAAGGGCCAGCCCGCAGUGCUGCUGUAUCCCAAGUGUCGCUGUGUUCACUCCAAUAAAUGUGUCGUUUGUGAAGUACUGUGAGCAUUUAUAAUGGUGUUGGCUGCAACACAUCUUAAAUGUUUUGCCAACUCAUCCAUUAUGACAUUGCAAAAACUUAUUUCAUGAGAUUUAAUAUCAUAAUGAUAAGGCAACCAUCUUUUUAGAUCGGGGUUCCUCCUGGUUUCUUUUUAUUUUCCAUAUAAUGUGAACUGAACAAGACUGUAUUAGCUGUAAGUCAGCAAAUUUUACUAAGUAUUAUUCUUUGGCAUUUGAAAGAAAAUCAGGCUUUUUAUUGCCCAGGAAUUUAAACUUUCUGUGUGGUCAGUGUCAAUGCAUUUUAUAUUUAGGGUUUUUGGUGUUUUUAUUUUCUUAUUUUUUUAACUUCAUAUAUGUGUAUGGGUGUCCUUUAUACCAACCUGGUACCUCUUAUUCUAGCACUGUGGUUCUGAAAUCUGCUUACAGCCUGAUUAAAGCUAAACUGGCAGUUUUACAGUAAUUUUCUAAAAGGGAAUUAGUUAUAAGCAAGCUUAAUUUAAUAAAAACCAAAUAUAAACAUUGUUGUUUACACUGAAAUUAUCAAAAGCAGGUUUUGAGCCAUCCAGGCUCACCAUAUGAUUGUGUCAAGAAGCCAGUUGAGUAGUAGCAUGUGUCAGUGGGCGGAGGACGGAGGUAGAGAACUUGCAGGUGAUUGAGGCUGUUGAUGUUAGGGAAAGUCAGUGCUAACAAAGAUACAUGCUUCAUGUUCAUAAUAAAAGUUACAUUUUUAGAAAAAGAAACAUACCUUUUCCAUGUCACAGCUCCCUAUCAGAAUCUGCUUCCAUAGUAAACCAGACACCGUGUAAUAAGGUGAUGUUUUAUUAUUUAUACAAUAAAGAGACUUUUAUGUUAUUCAAAACACUUUUUUAAAUACUGAAAAAUUUGAGUACAGCAGAACCUAAAAAUGGCUCUGCUGUACACCGCACAGCGCAGUUAUCUGUACAGAGCGCAUCUGCAGAUGCUUCCAGACUACACCCUACCUACCCUUAACCCAGUGCUAGUGCACAAGACAGCUGGAGAGCACAGACACACUGCAGAGGGGAAAUACAGGUUAGCGGAACUUUGCACAUAAGAUUAAACAGCUUUCAAGGUUGUUAUGGUCUCAUAUGGCAAAAAAAAACAUGAAGUACAUUCACAAUCUAUGUUAGUAAAUUAGUGUUUCUUCAUUCAGUUUUAUUUACAUCAGUAUGUAGUUCAACUAAAAAGUACUGUUAAUCAUGGUACAUUGUUUUUUUAACACAUACAAAAAUGACAACUUUUAUAUAUAAUUUUAAGCUCAAAAUCACAAUUAUCUCAAAAUAUUAAUUACAAUACAGCCAUUUCAAUUAAACAUAUCAUGGUUUGAUUUUUUUAUAUAAAAUGGUAAACUUUAUUAUUAAAGUAAGCAAUUUGUUUUGAAUUGGCUAGAGUACACCCAAGUAGAAAAUCUAAAUGUGAUGUGUGAGGUGUUUGCUGCCCCUCCCACCCGGUUUGUAUGGAGCCACCUAGGCUAGCAAAGAGACGGAAAAGGCCCCGGUUUAUAAGUAUUGAGCCUCAUUUGCUAAACUGCCUUGGCUUCUUGGUUCUUGGUAAAAGCUCUACGAAGGGAGUGUCCAUAGACUGCAGUGAAAUGCAUGCAAUUAUAUACAGCGUGUAGAAUGUCAGUUCACCGACACACAUCGAAAUGUCCACAUAGACGGCAAAGGAUGGACGGAAGGAGCACUUCACCACGUGAGUGUUGUCAGCUAGAGCAGAGUUUUAGGAAUGAGGUCCCAGUUUAAGCUCUGACAGGAGGAGCCCUGGUUACUGUGGAUGUGUUAUCUGGGCGCCGCACUUAUGUAGUGAAAUCAGAACCCAUCAGAGUUUUGGUCUAGAGACCUGAAGCUGUGCCACCACUUAGGAAUCUCUCUUAUGCCUUUUCUGAGAGUGAAAUAUUUAACUGACUUAUAUGACCUCAGGAAUUUGUGUGUGUGCUUGACACAUAAAACAUUAGAACUAGAAUAAAGAAAUAGAUUUUCCUCCCACAAAUUACUGAGAGCAAAAGUCAUUGAUCAAAUAAUUUUGAAAAUGAAAAAUAAA